AAGGCGUGUCCCCUGCUGGCGCCGCACUUGACUCGUUCUCUCGGAAGGCCGCGGGGCGCGCACCGCCGGGGUUCUCUCUCACCGCUCAAUAGGAGAUUGGCGCACGUGCCGCCUCGUGGCUCCGUCGGGCCCAUGCCCGCGCGGGCUGCUAAGUGAUACGAUUGGUUCUUUCUUCGCGGAGGGGGCGGGGCUGAGGGGAUUCGGUGAGGCCGCUGCCGCAAAGGCGAUAAAGCAGCGGCCUCCAGCCCGGGCUCGGAGGCCUAGUCGGUGUGCCCGGUCCCGCCCUCCCGAGCCAUGCCGAACCGCAAGGGCGCGCGCAACGCCUAUUACUUCUUCGUGCGCGAGAAGCUGCCCGAGCUGCAGCGGCGCGGCCUGCCUGUGGCCCGCGUGCCCGACGCCAUCCCGCUCUGCUCGCGGGACUGGGCGUUGCUGACUGAGGAUGAAAAGGGGAAAUACACAGAGAUGGCUCGUAAAUGGAGAGCAGAGAACUCCACCCAGGCAUCAAUGAAACAGCCUCCCAGUCAGCUUUCUCCGGUUCCUGCACCACUGCCCAUGCAGAUACAGAGACACGCUUCUUUUCCAGAUGCCAUCAGUCUUUCUUGGAAGAACGAUCAGGCUGUGCUUGGGAACAUCUUCUGCUUCCUGAACAUUUACAGUCAUGGAGAGCUGCCCUCUCCCUGUGAGCAGCGCUUCCUCCCUUGUGAGAUUGGCUGUGUCAAAUACUCAUUACAGGAUGGCAUAACAGCAGAUUUCCACCGCUUUGUAGAUCCCGGAGAGGUGCCACGUGGCUUUCGGUUUCAUUGUCAAGCAGCAAGCGAUGCCACUCACAAGAUCCCCAUAUCUGGUUUUGAGCUCUCGAAUGCUGGUCACCCUGUUGUGUUACGUGAACUUUACUCGUUUGUUCGGCCAAACCGCGGCAGGUGGCCACCUGUGUACUGCAAGUCUGAUGACUGGUACAGAGUCAACUGGUGUCUGAAAUGGAUGGCUAAGGAAUCAGGCAUUGAGAACCAGCUGGAGCUUCUCAGUGUGGAAAACCUGGUGGUGGAACUGUACCAGCGGAAACUUCAAAAGGAGCCUUCCAAGACCUGGGUGCGCAACCUGCUGGAUGUCUUCAUGUGGGAUUACUCCAGUAACACUAGGUGCAAGUGGCAUGAAGAGAAUGACAUCCUGUUCUGCGCUUUAGCAUCCUGCAAGAAAACUGCUUAUUGCAUCAGUAACACUCUGGCAAGCGUGUAUGGAGUCUCGCUCACAACAGCUCACCUACCUCUGCAAGACUAUGAUUCCAGCAACAAUAUAAACCCCAAGGUGGUGGUACUGGAUGCUGGACGUUUCCAGAAGCGGAGGACUCAGAAUCCUGGUUGUAAUGGAUACUUCAGCUCUCCAGUUGAGAAACAAGGUGCUGCCUCUUCUGCUGGUGAACAUCCCUCUGGAGUGACAUCGUCAUGUAGCACAAGCAUCAUGCGAGGAAGAGGAAUCACUCGCUUGCUGGAGAGUGUCUCCAGACUUUCCAAAUCCUCCAGCAACUGAAAGCCCACCUGCCCCCCUAACCUUACCAGGAGAACUGCACAUCCUGCUCUUCCUUAUCCCCAUUAUAGUCUGGGACUUUACCAGAUUGCAGUUGCUUUGUCUGUCCCUGUAUGCAAAACCCUAAAAUACAUUCCCCUUCCCUUGACCCAAUGUAACAGUUCCCUUAGAAUGAUGACAGACUCGUUGACUGGAGGGGAAUUUUCUUUCAAUUAGAAGGAAAUCCUGGUUUUAUCUAUAGAACUACUUAUUUUGAAGGGAACUGGCAACUUCUUGCUCUCUUGACUAAAUGCAGUCUUUGGGCUUUUCUUUUGUUAGCUAACGGGAGGAGAAAUGCAGGGAAGAGAGGCUGGUGGUCAGUAACUGCAUGUUAAACGUUCUUCUCGUGGUUAAUAUAGCAUUAAACAUGUUGUUUGAAUGGUUUAGUUCUUUAAUUUCCCUAUCACCGUGGUCUCUUCCCCACCUCCAUCCCUCUGUUAGAUGUUGGAAGACAGUUGUCUCCGCAUAUAGCCAUAUAAAAUAACACGUGGCUGGGAGGCAUUCUAGUGCUGAAAGACAGGGUCGUGGGAGUGUCUCAAAGGGGUACUUCCAUAAAUUCUUCAUGAGUGGAGGGAUGGAUUGAAUAGUUGAGUUGGGGAAGUAAAUAGACUAAAAUACUUGUUGGUAGAAAAUCUUCCUUUUGUCUUAUACUUACUGUGAAAAUAUGGUAGGAGUCUUGUCCAGCUGUUCAUGUUCUGUUGGGCAUUGACAAUAUACCAGGGUGACAGGGGUCUUGCCUUUUCUGUGUUGCUGUGCUGGUGAAUACUGGUGUUACAAACUAUCAGCUCCUCAAAUCUUGAGGUUCAUAACAAUAUAUUAUAACCUCUCCUUUUUUCAAAGGAAUCCCCAAACCAUUAGUCUGUUGUACAUGUCUGCAGGCACGAUUUCAGACACCUAGCAGGGCUGAAGUGACUGUCGACUAUUAGUAUUUUGGAGUACCUGUAAGAAUGAGAGUAAAUGUGGAAACUGGGACACUUUAUCACAUUUUAUUAGAAAAUUGGAUGCCAGACCUCUGGGAAAAGAGAUGUCUUACCAGUUUCCUGAAAAGUUGUCUGUCUUCUGUAAAUUACUUUUUUUAAUCUUACAUUUUGAGGCAGUUGCCUGUAGAAAUAAACAAGCUCUUUUUUUCCCUUUAAGUUCCUCUGAGCUGCUCCACAGUUUACUCCAACUGAAGUUGCCGUUUUGGGCUAAUUCCACAGCAAUUAAUGGUGAUGUUACAAAAUGGAUUGCAUCCCUGGUAGGAAGCAAAAUGCUGAUGAAUUAGCUCAUUCCAUCAGGCACUUAAGAAAUCUUUAAUGUGUUUACGCUUAUAAUUAUAAGGAGCUCAGAUACCACGGUGAUAAGUUAGGGAUAAGUGCCUGGAUAGGUAUUGUUUCAUCUGGAAAUUAGCUUCAGUUGUACGGCGACUAUCCCUCCAAUACACAAGAUCACUGAACUGCCUUAAUACCUCCUACCCGGCAGACCAGCCUAUAUGCCCAUGAAGCUUCCUUGGAUGAUUCCAAAGUCCCAUGACUCCUUCCAUAGAGGCCACCCCUCCACUUGAAAAGUCUCCCGGUUUCCAGUAUUAGUGAUGAAUUUUCACCAGGCAGGAGAUCAGAAAGCCUUUGAAACUGAGUUUUUGGCAGUGAAAUAUCUGGAAAUAUUUGAUGUGAUCAUUGUGAAGAAGAAACAAGACACCAAUCAUCUUUGGGUGACACUAAAGGUUUGUGUCUAUUCAGAAAACUUGAAGUGGUGAUUACAUCAUUGUAGUUACUGGCCCAGAUGUUUUUUUAAUGAAGACAAACCUUUAGGCCAAGAUCAUACUUGUGAACACCACUGCUCCUCCCCUUCUCCCUCAAUUCACUCAAAAAUUUAGAUAAUCAUUUGGUUAUUUUGAGAAUUGAAAGUUGUAAUAAAAAUGUGUUUUGGUUUUGAUUAUGUUGCUCAUGCAGAAGACAGUGUAUUUCUCUUUAUUUAAAAAAAAAAUAAACUUUCUUGGUUCGUAGCGUC